UUUCUUGUCAACAUGAUGGCCUCCUGAAAAUAAUUGAGACCCGUCCAUCACUUAUUUAUGAACUACUUUUCAGUGUCUUCUAUCGAUGAUAAAUCGAAUUUCCGACAUCAGAGACACGUAUGCUGUUAAUCAGGUGCUGAAGAAAAAAUCAAUCCUCUCCACUUGAAGGUAGGUGAUGCACACAGAUUUCUUCUUACCUUGCAAGCACCGUUGGAUGAAGAGAGUAGGCAUGAUCAUGGACAAACGCAUGCCGUCUUGCCUCGAUCUUGCAGGAGAGGAGGACAUUGUUUAUUUGCGUAGGGCUGUCGGGGGAUAAUUCGAUCGAGUAGGAGUUGUUACGUGGAAGAGGAGCUAGCAGCUGGGCGAUCGUUUGGGUAGGUGACGAGGAAGAAAUUGAUACGGCCGGCCGUUGUACGGGAGCACGGCCAGAGAUGGAGUUCGAUACGGUCUGCACCCAAAUCAGAAGGUUUGGCCACCCUUAACAAUAUCCUCAUCGGAUAUAACUUGGGGAAGGCGAAGGCGUACCCCCUACUAUAUAAGCUCCGCCACCCACGCCCCAAACAAAUCAUAACCAACCUUCCUCAAGUCGUUUGUUCCCCCGAGCAAUCGAGUUGUGUUCCCGGCGAUCGAUCGAUCCAUCUUGCUGAGCAUCAUGGUUUCCGCCGACGUGGCUCGCAACAUCGUCGGCAUCAUUGGCAAUGUCAUCUCCUUUGGGCUCUUCCUCUCCCCUGUGCCGACGUUCUGGCGUAUCUGCAAGGCCAAGGACGUGCAGGAGUUCAAGCCGGACCCCUACCUGGCGACGCUCAUGAACUGCCUGCUCUGGUUCUUCUACGGGCUCCCUAUCGUCCACCCCAACAGCACCCUCGUCCUCACCAUCAACGGCAUCGGCCUCGUCAUCGAGGGCGCCUACAUCAUCAUCUUCAUCAUCUACGCGGCCAAGAACACAAGGUGGAAGAUGCUCGGCGUGCUCGCCAUCCAGGCAGCGUUCAUGGCUGCCGUGGUGGCCGGUGUGCUCGUCGGCGCCCACACCCAUGAGAAGCGCUCCAUG